AAACCAUCACAGAGGAUGGCAAACCGAAAAAGAAGAAGAUACGCACACGUGUAAUCAAGAAGGUUAAGGGUGACAAACAAGAAGUCACCAAGAUCGAAACUGUUGAAGAGGAUGACAAACAGCCUGAAAUCACUGUCACAGUUGAAGAGAUUCCAGUGGAGGAAGAACAACCUGAAGAAAUCAAGGAGCUUCCAGAAGAAGUACACGUUGUGGAAACUAUUUCUGGAGACGGCACUCCAAAGAAGAAGAAGAUCCGAACACGUGUUAUCAAAAAGGUUAAGGGUGAUAAACAAGAAGUCACCAAGAUCGAAACCGUUGAAGAGGAUGACAAACAGCCUGAAACCACUGUCACAGUUGAAGAGAUUCCAGUGGAGGAAGAACAACCUGAAGAAAUCAAGGAGCUUCCAGAAGAGGUUCGUGUUGUGGAAACCAUCACUGAGGACGGCAAACCGAAAAAGAAGAAGAUACGCACACGUGUAAUCAAGAAGGUUAAGGGUGACAAACAACAAGUCACCAAAAUCGAGACCGUCGA